AGCGCCUUGCCUAGAGAGGAGAUUUUUUUUCUUUCAAGCGUUUAAUUUGACAUUGAUUAUUAUCAUCACAUCGUCUUCCAUCACAUACCGUUUUGAUAUGGAGCCUGCUUGUCGUAAAGAUAAACCAAAGCUGAACACCACUCCCACACGAGGAGACAGAGCCAGACAGAAAUCUGCCCAACAGGAGCUCAAACAGCGCCAAAGAGCUGAGAUUUAUGCCUUGAAUAAAGUGAUGACAGAGCUGGAGCAGCAGCAGUUUGAGGCAUUUUGUAAACAAAUGCAGUCCCAGGGAGAGUGCUGUGGGGUGACCUACUGAUCUGAAAAUGGUCCAUGGCAGACCAAUGUCCUUCCAACCUUAAAUGAAGAUUGCACUGGAGUUUUUCUGUUUUAAGAUUUUUUUUAAAGAUUGUAUCCGUCCAUCUAUCUCUCCAAGUGUGAAAGUGGGCAACAGUCUAGUCAGUGUGGUGCAGGAGUGGUUAGGACUUCUAGUGGAGUGUUACGUGCUAGAAUGCAUAAAAGGUUCAAAAGAGUUUACCUUCAUACUGCUAUUAACGAAAUGUAUCAACCUAAUAUUUGGUGAAACAAUGGCAGGUGAAAGCUGCUGCAGUUUAGACCUUGUAAUAACAAGACUGUAUUUGUCUUGUCACUGAAAAGUGAAUUAAAUAAAGUGACUUAUAUUA